GAGGGACGGCGUAGAUGAUCACCGACUCUUCACAGGCCAAAUCGGGCGAGGGUGAAGCCGUAGAGUCGCUUCGCGUGGUCAGGCGAGGAACACAUCUCGGCCAGAGCAACUCCACAAUGAACAACGGCUGCGCACCUGCGCUGUCUUAACUCGCGAGGAGGUAUUAAUUUUGAAAGUCCAUUCGCUUUCACUUUGUAACAAAAUUUUGAUAUCUGUGAAAAGGCUGCAAGCGCUGCCUUUAAGUAUGACCCAAUCUUGGGUACCUGAAAUGUUCACCCAAAAGGCUCUAGCAUCGCUAUCCCUCCUUUUGCUAGUGUGCAUACCACUAGUUUGGUGCUACGAUGAAGGCGACACCACCACGACUACGACACCAAAACCAGAUGAAGGCGUCGUAGGAAAGUUGCAGGCGCUCAUUGCCAGCAUGAUGGACAAGAUAUCCCCUGACCUAACGCGAAAGUUGCUAACGGCGGAAGUCUCAUCUACGUGCAGCAUUGGACUCCUCAAACUCGUCGGUGCAAUUCGAAGGACCGAACCAUGGGCUCUAAGACUCAUUGAUGCGAUGGGCAAAUACCCCACCGGACUACUACAAGCUACUAAAACUGACCUUGGAGCAUUCGACGAGUGUCUGGAAACUGUCGUACAUGACAGUUUUGGCCAUGAGGUCACGCGAGCGCAGUAUUGCAAUCUGGAUAUGCGCAUAAACAAAGGUAGCAGCUUUGUUGAAACAACUUUUGCUGCGAUGGAAGUUGCCUACCCAAACCUAUACAGAUAUAAGGAACAUAUGACAGACUUGCGUCUGCCACCCAUUCGCAUUGGAAUCUGUGUCACGAAUGACUGCAAUGAGGAGGAAUUGCAAGAACUCAUCAACAAAAUGGUACCACCUGGGCUAAAUCUGAAAGUAAGCAACUGCGUGGCAAAUGUUCCAGUGCCGUUGACCAAUGGACAGACGGCGAUAAUAAUAACCCUCGGUGUUCUCGCCGCACUCCUAGUGAUUGGUACUGCCAUCGAUGUCUACAUGCGUCCAAAAUCCGAGUACAAAGCAACAUGUGGCAUUCUGCUGCGCUGCCUCACCGCAUUCUCCCUAAUCUCGAAUACGAAGGUGCUGCUGCAAGUGGUCAAAGACAAAAGUUCCGACGCCUAUACUCUCCGUUUCUUCCACGGACUGCGCUUCUUCAGUUUGACGUGGAUUGUACUGGGCCACUGUUAUGGAACAGUGUCGCCAACUUGGUCCCGGUUGCUGAACAACUUACUGAUGGCUGAACGCAUAUCAAGCAUAAUGGUCCCGGCGGCAUAUAUAGCUGUGGACACAUUCUUCUUCCUCAGUGCGUUCCUAAUGUGCUACACAGUAUCAAAACAGAAGAAACCUGCCAUCGUCGUGUUCAUAUUUGCGGUGAUACGACGGUUUAUAAGGACUAUGGUGCCGGUAUUCUUCGUUCUCAUGUGCAUGUACUUGCUCCCCGUGCUUACAUCGGGGCCUGACGCAAGGACCUAUUUUGAGAAGUUCUACGACGAAAUGAACCAGCUUUGGCUUGCCAUACUACUUCAGAUUCAAAACUACAAGAUAAAAGCUUUCUCCAUACUGGUACACCUGUGGUACCUUUCAGUCGACUUCCAGUACUUUCUUGUGAGCCUACCGAUUGCCAUCAUCUUGAAAAAGUAUGUCUUACUAAAACAGCCAUACAACCAUUGCUAUUAA